AUGAAAUCCUACUACUACGACGAAUCAGAUCCUUCGAGCUAUCAGCAUGACCAUGACUCAGGAAUUGAGGUAACCCCAGAACAGCUUAAGCAGAUUGGCGUGUUGUAUUAUCACUUGGAUAACAUGGAUGAUGUCAACAAAUUAGCCAAACAAAGAGAAUAUAAAAACAGAGAUCAGAUUAGUCUAUCAAGUAACAGUUUUCCGGGAGGUCAGGAAGCCCUAAAGGCCAAAUUGGACACAUUUAUCGAAGAGCAUCUCCACGAAGAUGAAGAAAUCCGUUACAUUGUCGAAGGCAGCGGGUUCUUCGAUGUUAGGGACUCCAAUGAUAAAUGGAUUAGAAACAAAUGUGAGAAAAAUGAUUUAUUGAUAUUGCCUGCCGGUAUUUACCACAGAUUCACUUUGGAUUGUGAUAACAACGUGGUUGCCUUGAGGUUAUUCAAAGAUGAGCCAAAAUGGAUCGCUCUAAACCGUCCUGUCAGUGCUGACAAUCAAUACCGUGAAGAAUAUUUGCAAUCAAUCAAAGCUUAG